GCUGGUUAUCUAGGAGCUGAAAAGCUUGAGUAUGUGCCAUUGGUGAAUGAAAGUGAUGCAGAAGUUGUUAAUUUGGUAACCAGUGGUGAUGUGGAGCGUAUAAAGGGAUUCCCUAAACUCGGAUUGCCAUCAUUGGGCCCAGAUGGAAAGUUCUUGGUUGGAGCAGCUAUAGGGACAAGGGAAUCAGAUAAAGAGAGGCUCGAGCACUUGGUUAAAGCUGGGACAAACACUGUGGUUAUUGAUAGCUCACAGGGAUUCUCUCUUUACCAAAUGGACAUGGUUAAGUUUGUGAAGCGUACAUAUCCGGAAUUGGAUGUCAUUGGGGGAAAUGUGGUAACAACUUAUCAAGCUAGGGGUUUGAUUCGGGCUGGUGUUGAUGGGUUAAGAGUUGGGAUGGGAUCUGGCUCCAUCUGUACCACACAAGAAGUUUGUGCUGUUGGACGUGGUCAGGCUACAGCUGUGUAUAAGGUGUCAUCGGUUGCUCAGGAGGAAGGUAUUCCGGUCAUUGCGGAUGGAGGAAUAAAGAAUUCUGGCCACUUUGUUAAAGCCUUAUCCCUAGGGGCAUCUACUGUUAUGAUGGGAAGCUUUUUAGCUGGAAGCAGUGAAGCUCCUGGCACAUACGAAUAUAAUAAGGCUGGUGUACGAGUUAAAAGAUAUCGAGGAAUGGGAUCAUUAGAUGCAAUGACUAAAGGAAGUGAUGCAAGAUACUUGGGUGAUACUUCCAAGUUAAAGAUUGCUCAGGGGGUUGCUGGAACAGUUAAAGACAAAGGUUCUGUUUUGAAGUUCAUACCAUACACUAUGCAAGCCCUAAAACAAGGGUUCCAAGAUAUUGGUGUUUCUUCCAUCCAUUCAGCCCAUCAGCAUUUGAGAUCGGGCAUGUUGAGACUCGAGGUUCGAACUGGAGCAGCACAGUCUGAGGGUGGAGUUCAGGAAGGUGGAGCUCAUGGACUGGUUUCUUACGAGAAAGGAAAAUACUUUUAAAAACCAUUCUUAGCUUCUAGUCAGGGGUGGGGGUGCUUUACCCUAUGGAAGUCUUUCCAUUUUCCUCAUUAAUUAUUAUUUGAAUUUUGCACUUUUUAAAUUCUUGUUUUGUUUCGUUUUGUACCAUAUUUGAAUAAAGAUAUUUGGAUUUCCAAUAUUUGGAGGUCCAGCUGACCAUUGAAUGUUCCAAGAUUGACCAUUGAAUAAAGCAUCUUAACUUUUUUCAUGUCCAA